UCCUGCUGGGAGGUAUAAUUACUGGCCUUCCCUCCCAAACGACCCAGGCAGGUGGAUCCCUCUUUCCCAGACCAUGGUAGAAACAAAUUCCAGUUUGGGUUUGUUUGGAGAUAUUUUUCCCUUUUUUGAAACAAAUUAACUAGGUAGCUAGCCUAGGCUGGCUUUAUAUUUACAGAUUCACAGUCCUCCUGCCUCAGUGCCAUGGCCAACUGGUUAGACUCCUAGGAAGAGAGCCCAGGGCACAAAGAUACCUGAAGGGGCUUCCCAGGGCAUCCAUCUAGGAUCUGAGCCCCAGGCGGGAAAGCAGCCAGGUCCCUGUCCCUCAAGGGUUAGCCCACAGCUGCCCAGAGUCAGGGGAGGGGGUGAGAAAGUCAGGGCAGACUCCCACAAAGGGAACAGGUGGCCACGGUGGGCCCCCAGGGAACCCUCUGUGGAUGGUGGGUGGGGUGCUAGGGAGAGUGGCCAGGCAAGCAGAAACUGCAGUGGGCAGAGCCGGCCCCUGGGUGACACCCACAUGGCCUUGCCCACCUCCUGCCCCUCACACUCCCACGAGCCUGCCCCGGGUCCUCCCUCACUCCUCUGCUGGCUUCUGCAGAUGAGCAAUGCAUCAGGGUUUCUGAGAACAGCCGGAGCUCCCCUGGUGUCAGCGACCUGGCUUCCGCCCAGCCCCCCUCCGGCAAUGCCCGCAGUGGCAGCCGGGCCGCAGAUGGAGCGCGUGGACAAUGGCUCGCAAGGACCCCCCCAGCUCUUCCUCACCAGCGCAUUGGCCCGAGGCGUUUCAGGCGUAUUUGUAUGGACUGCUCUGCUCCUAACCUGCCACCAGAUCUACUCCCACCUACGUUCCUACACCGUCCCCCGAGAGCAGCGGUUCGUCAUCCGCCUCCUCUUCAUUGUGCCCAUCUACGCCUUCGACUCAUGGCUCAGCCUCCUCCUCCUCGGGGGCCAUCCAUACUACGUAUACUUCGACUCUGUGAGAGACUGCUACGAAGCAUUUGUCAUCUACAGUUUCCUGACCUUGUGCUUCCAAUAUCUGGGGGGAGAGAGCGCCAUCAUGGCUGAGAUUCGUGGCAAACCUAUCAGGUCCAGCUGCUUCUAUGGGACCUGCUGCCUCAAAGGCAUGUCCUACUCCAUCACUUUCUUACGUUUCUGCAAACAGGCCACGCUACAGUUCUGCAUCGUGAAACCAGUCAUGGCUUUGAUCACCAUCAUCCUCCAGGCUUUCGACAAAUACCAUGACGGGGACUUCAACAUCCACAGUGGCUACCUGUACGUGAGUCUCGUGUACAACGCCUCGGUUAGCCUGGCUCUCUACGCUCUGUUCCUUUUCUACUUCGCAACCAGGGACCUCCUGAGGCCCUUCGAGCCGGUGCUCAAGUUCCUCACCAUCAAAGCCAUCAUCUUCCUCUCCUUCUGGCAGGGAAUGCUGCUGGCCAUCUUGGAGAGGUGUGGGGUCAUCCCCGAGGUCCAGGCCGUGGACGGCACCAGGGUGGGGGCUGGUACCCUCGCCGCUGGCUACCAGAAUUUCCUCAUCUGUAUCGAGAUGCUGUUUGCCUCACUUGCGCUGCGCUAUGCCUUCCCCAGCCAGGUGUACUCAGAGAAGAAGAACUCACCAGCCCUACCGGCACCUCUGCAAAGCAUAUCCAGCGGCUUGAAGGAGACCAUCAGCCCGCAGGACAUCGUCCAGGACGCCAUUCAUAACUUCUCGCCGGCAUACCAGCAGUAUACACAGCAGUCCACCCACGAAGCCUCUGGGCCUGGCCAGGGUGGGCACCCGUCGCCCAGCACCCACCCUGGCCCGGCCAGUGGCUCCGGAGGGGGUAAGAAGAGUCGCAACAUAGAGAAACGCAUGCUGAUUCCCUCAGAGGACCUGUAGGGGGUGUGGGGUGUGCGGAGCCUAGCUGAGGACCCACCCAUCAGCAUCUCUUAACGGAGGCCCAGCCUCUCCUGAGAGCUCACGGUGGGGCGCAUGGGGGCCUCUCUAUUCCAUGUAUAGCCCAGAGUAAAGUUACCUGGGCGAACCGGACAAACCCAAGGACCCAGUGAGAUGCCUUAGUUACAGCCUGCAGGUGGAACUGUGAGUUGGCCCUUCCUUCCCGGGGCAGAAGAAACGGAUGGUUAGAUCCCAGGCUGUGUCGCUGCAGAGAGAAAUGGCCAGGGAGAAUGGGCCCAGUCACUCAGGGCUGGGGAGCCACAUAGUCUGGGCCUGGCAGUGGCUAUCUUGGGUGCAAGAAAAAGGCCCCUUGCCCCACAUUCUAGCACAGAUCCUUGGCGAGGCGCUCCCAGGGCAGGCAAGCUAGCACAACAGUGUUGCCAGUGCGCCAGCCUGCCAGCUACUAACUGCUUAUUUAUAGAUAAACGCCUUGCAUUUUCUAGA